CUCAACGAUGUCCUCAGCAAAGAGUGCAGCAUUGUUGAGCCUAUGGCCUCGGAAAACGAGGAGGAGGACGAAGAGGAGGAAGUGGAAACCGAUGGCUGUUCCCCCGAGCGAGACUCGCUGCUUUCCCCCAUCUGCGCCAUUUCCAAAGACUCCAUGUACUCGGCGCUGCCGGAGGAAGGAUCUAAGCCCUCGCGAGUGUCCCUCUUCGCCACUUCCAAGGACUCCAUCUCAGAGCUGACGGUGGUCUCCAGAAAGUCCCUGAAGUCAUUCGUCUCCAGCCUGAAGGACUGCAUGGACAGUGGGUACGCGGAGGACAGCGACGAGAACUCCCUGGACAUGGUGGGGAGGCCGGAGCUGAAGGUGGAGAAGACCCACCACAAAUACAGACACACGCUGACCAACAAGAUCUACAAACUGUUCAAGAGCAAAAGCCAACUGGUCUUGAGGAGGGACCUGAAGGACUGCCUGGACACGAGCUCGCUCCCACUGCCCCUGCGCCGGGCCGAGAGCCUCUGCACCCCCCAAGCCAAGCACCGCGUCCCGGCGCGCUCCCGGCGCGCUCACUCGCUGCCGCAGCACGUCCUGAGCCAGCGGCUGCCGGCCCCGCUCUCCCCACGGCACCUCAGCCUCCACCGACGGCCCUUCCUCAGCUACGAUGAGGAUGCCAAGGUGUCCACGCUGCGCGUCGUGGUCUUCGGCUCCGACCGCAUCUCGGGGAAAGUGGCGCGAGCCUACAGCAACCUCAGGCUCAAGGAGAGCACCUGCCCCUCACUGACAAGGUACUUCAAGCUGCAGUUUUUCUAUGUCCCCGUGAAGAGGAGCUGCUUGGCUCCAUCGACCCUGCUGAUGCAUCCCUCCCCAUCCCUGGGGGACCAGCAGCUCCGGGAUCCCACCUUGGCUGGGAUAGAGAGCAGCACCAACGACAUCUCCCACUACAUUGGCAUGUUGGACCCAUGGUACGAGCGCAAUGUUCUCGGGCUGAUGAACCUGCCCAUGGAUGUCCUGUGUCAGUCUGCCAAGCCGGAGGCUGAGCCCCAGGAGGACUCCCAAGAGCAGCUGCCCAUCCUGGCUGACAUGAUCCUCUACUACUGCCGCUUCGCCACGCGCCCUGUCCUGCUGCAGCUCUACCAGACGGAGCUCACCUUCAUCGGAGGAGAAAAGAUGACCGAAGUCUUCAUCCACUCCCUGGAGCUGGGCCACUCGGCAGCCACGCGGGCCAUCAAAGCGUCAGGUCCAGGCAGCAAAAGGCUGGGCAUAGAUGGAGACAGAGAAGCAAUCCCGCUAACACUACAGAUUGCCUACAGCAAGACAGCCAUCAGUGGAAGAAGUCACUGGAAUGACGUUGAGAAGGUCUGCACAUCCGUCAACCUUAGCAAAGCCUGCAAGAAGUACGAAGAACUAGCCUCAAAGACAGAGUGUCUCAACUUGACCAUGACGGAGGUAGUCAAAAGGCAAAACUCAAAAUCCAAAAAAAGUUUCAAUCAGAUCAGUGUGUCCCAGAUAAAGGUAGACAAGGUCCAGAUUAUUGGUCUCCAGUCCUCUUUUGCCGUAUGCCUGGACCAGGAUGAGCAGAAGAUCCUGCAGAGCGUAACCAGGUGUGACAUCUCUGUGUGCUACAAACCCAGGGACAGCGAUCUCUUUGCACUGAGAAGGUCCUCUUUGCCUCCCCAGGACCCCUCCGAGUUUCAUUCUCUCCUUUGUUUACCCAUUGCCACCUUCAGUGGAGCACUGCCAUAG